AUGAGUCUCCGAAUGGUUCCUCCAGUGACUGAAAGGGAGCGGUCACUUCGUCUUCAAGCAUUGGUGGCUGAACGUCAGCAGGGUUGGGAGAUGGACAUUAAUUUAGAUUUCAUGCCUAAGAUUGUGGCCACUUUGCAGCAAUUGCCAAAGAUAGUCAAAAGCUCUGAGCUUCAGUGCCAUACCACAGCUAUCUUCAAACCAGUGCCUGAACCCUUGACUAAACCAGUUUUUUCUAUUACUUUGGAAACCUCAUUUUUUGGUUUUCUUGAGUCCUUGUUUCCCAGUACCAGUGAGCCUUCGUCCACAAGCCUUGGUGAGCAUUCACCUUUAAGUGCCGGCGGGUCUUCAAGCUCCAGUGGACCCUCGCCCUCAAGCAUUGGUGGACCCUCACCUUCAAGCGCCGGCGGACCCCCGCCCUCAAGCACCGGCGGACCCCCGCCUUCAAGCGCCGGCGGACCCCCGCCCUCAAGCGCCAGCGGACCCCCGCCCUCAAGCGCCGGCGGACCCCCGCCCUCAAGCGCCGGCGGACCCCCGCCCUCAAGCGCCGGCGGACCCCCGCCCUCAAGCGCCGGCGGACCCCCGCCCUCAAGCGCCGGCGGACCCCCGCCCUUAAGCGUUGGCGGACCCACGCCCUCAAGCGCCGGCGGACCCACGCCCUCAAGCGCCGGCGGAACCUCGCCCUCAAGCGUUGGCGGGUCCUCGCCCUCAAGCACUGGCGGGCCCUCGCCCUCAAGCGUUGGCGGGCCCUCGCCCUCAAGCGUUGGCGGGCCCUCGCCCUCAAGCGUUGGCGGACCCACGCCCUCAAGCGUUGGCGGACCCACGCCCUCAAGCGUUGGCGGACCCACGCCCUCAAGCGCCGGCGGACCCACGCCCUCAAGCGCCGGCGGACCCACGCCCUCAAGCGCCGGCGGACCCACGCCCUCAAGCGCCGGCGGACCCACGCCCUCAAGCGCCGGCGGAACCUCACCCUCAAGCGCCGGUGGACCCACGCUCUCAAGCGCCGGCGGGCCCUCGCCCUCAAGCGCCGGCGGGCCCUCACCCUCAAGCGCCGGCGGGCCCUCGCCCUCAAGCGCCGGCGGACCCUCGCCCUCAAGCGCCGGCGGACCCUCACCCUCAAGCGCCGGCGGAACCUCACCCUCAAGCGCUGGUGGACCCACGCUCUCAAAUGCUGAGUCCUUGCCCACAAGUGGCGGCGGACCCUUGUUUUCGGGUGCUGGCAAACCAACAUUCUCAAGAGCCAGUGGGUCCUUGCCUUUUACACCAGUUAAUGCCCCAUGGAGGAAAACGGACAUCUCAUCUGGACCCUCAGGAUGGUCCUCUGUUCCAUGUGGGGGGCUACCAAACCCACCAGUUUUAAAUUGGUGGAACCACAACUGGCUAAAAGGGACCUACUCCCCUAUGGUACCACCAUGGUGGUCCUAUAUUUGGGUAUUGAUAUGUCGAGACUCUUUCAGUAACCAGUUCCUUAGACUCUUCUUAAGCCCUUACAGACUCUCUUUGAUUCCUUGUUUUGUGUUAUAAGGAUUUUUUUUUGUUUGGUUUGUAGUGUUGGUCUGUCCCACCAUCCCUCCCCUGGUCCACCUCCGUUCCGCCUCCCUCCUAGAUGGGUGUUUUUGGGAGUGUCUGGUAGCCACUCCUUAAAGGGGGGGUAAUGUCACACCUGCUGCAGUGCCCUCUGGUGGUUUUCAAGGGCACCAGUUUUUGUUUUGGUUUUUGUGUUUUGUAUCCUAGUCAUGUGAUCACUCCUUGUUUCCAGCUGUCCCUCAUUGUCUAAUUAGUUCUCUCUUUAUAAGCCCUGUUAUGUUGUGUUUAGUUUGCCUUUGGAUUUUUCAAUGUUCUGUUUAGGUUUGUCGUGCUUUAUUCGUGAUCUGGUUCAUCGUGUUUGGUUUGUUUGUUUGUUCACUUUGUUUAGUAUCAUUACUAUGUUUUUGGAUAUCUGUUUAGUUUGUGUUUGAUUCACUUUUGAGCUUAAUUUUUGCACUUCAUGUUUUCCUCGAUUUUGGUACCUUGCCUGUCCCUUUGUCAUUUUUUUGGGGAUCUUUAUUGUUUGACAAUAAAUGUGUUUUGCUGCAU